GGGCAUUUAGUUCAGGAUUCUCUAGAAUUUUACCGAGCGACGAUUAGCUAUGGUGAUACUACAUAUCAAGAAAGGAGACGAGAGCCAGUUUUUGUUUAAAGCCACCGUCAAGACUCCGCUAGAUGAGUUGAUUCCGAAAUUAGUGAGGAUUUACAAUGGCAGACUCAAACUAGAGAGAAUUUGCUCAGAAAUGGAAUCAUUAGCUGAGCAUGGCAUCUGCUUGCCCCCAAACAUGCAAGGCCUGACGGACGAACAAUUAGAUGAACUUCAUCUGGUUGAUGAAUGGAAGUCUCAAUGUAUCCCAAGUGGUGGACCAGUAGAAAAGAAAGAUCCAAUGCAGAGAAGAAAUGGCCAUGCUCCCAAUGAUAAAAUGGCCGAUGUUAUCAAGAGGACAACAAGUGAAGCAAAAGAAGCUAUUUCUAAGAGGCAAGUGACUAGUAACAUAUUCGUAACAGAGGAAACUAUUCAAGAUGCUAUGGAUAAACUUCGUGGUGCCAUGAUGAUUGUCUACCCAAUGGGUCUGCCACCGCACGAGCCAAUCAGACAUGAGUUUGAAAAUUGUGAGGACCUUUCAGAAACUCAGGCUGGUCUUGAAGUCUUAGAAGAAGGGACAGCUCAAUUAUGGUGGGCUGGUAAAGAAUGCUUACGAGGAAAGAAGCUGGAAGACUUUGUGGGUCGUAAUGAGAAGACAAAGAUUAUUGCAAAGCUACAGAAGAAAGGACACGGUGCUCCAGGAAGGGAACAAGUAUUCAGUGAAGAAGAGCAGAAAAAGAUGAUGGCAUAUGCAUACAAGCGACAGGAAGAAUUGAAGAAACUGGAACAAGAUGAGGAUGAUUCUCACUUAAAUGCCAGUUGGAGUGAUCCUACAGCACUGAAACGUACAUUUGCAGGAGUGGGUGAUAUUUCAUGGAGACCUAAGUGAUUGGAGCAUGGUUGCAAAUCGGUAUGAAAAUACAUACAAAAGUGAAUACACAGUUCCCUUUAUUCAACUUACUGAAGUUGGAGAUCUUGUUGGUAGUGUAUAUGUAUAUAUAUAUAUAUAUGCAUGUCAAUUUACAGCAUCAGUCUCGUAAAAUGAGCUGGUUUACGGAAGCUGUCUAAUUAUGUUUAGC